ACUAAUGUGUUAAGAAAUUUUUGCCUUAUUGAAAAGGCUUGCGAACUUGUUUCUAGAUGGCACUACCUUCUAAACGUGCUUCAUCAAAUAGACGUCAUGUUUUGAACGUCAGUUUAUUUUCUAAUGUUGUGUAACGCGUUGUUGUCGGCGGAAGUGGUCAUUUGAAGAACUUCGUUGUGCUGUGCCAUCAUGUAUAAGGAGUGCGGACGGAUUUACGGCUGCGUCCUUUUCUUCCUGCUUUAUGGAAGCUGCAGUGCACAAAUCGGAAGCAAAUGCGUGUUCCUUAGCUGCCGCUUCGCCAGGCACGCAGCUUGCGAUGCCAACAAUAUCUGCAGGUGCAAGCCAGACUAUCCUGUACAGGUUUCGCCGCUCAGGUGUGCCAAAGGUCGACGUCAUCUGGAAGUGUGCACAGACAACAAGGAAUGCACAGAGACGGACAAAAAUACGUACUGCUCUCGAACGUCGUCCCAGAGUCGUUGUGAGUGCCAUGACGAUUUCGUCUAUAAUGAAGAGACAAGAUCCUGCGAACUUAUGAAGCUGGCUCCUGUGUCUCCAGACAUACUUUUGCCCAUGGCUGUUGGCGUUUCAGUAGCACUAUCCAGCAUGCUCUGCUGCUUCCUCGCCCUGUGGCGACUUUGUAAACGAGCCAACAGCAGUGGCUUCUUGAGCAGUUUACAAAGCAGUGGCAGCACUAAUUCAAGAGUGACACGAGAGCACGCACCUGUCCGGACUCAGGACUCCUGGAGUUCCGACACAUUGCCUUCGUAUGAAGCGGCAGUAUCACUAAAGAGGCCAUCAUCAUCUCAAGAAGACCCUCCGCCACCAUACUGCGAAGCUGUCACAUUGCAGUUACCCCUGUCUGAAACAAAAGUGUGACUGCGGUGCUCCUACUGGCAAGUCUGGAUCCUGCGUAUUGCCGUGUUGCGCAUAACCCUGGCCACAGUAGCCAAAAGGAACUGCUCGGGCAGUUAUAGAAUACCGAGACAACACAGAAUGCUCAUCGCUGGUUUGAGAGAGAGUUCCAGCGCACCUGACAGCUGCCAUGGGCGCCUCUGUAUCACGUCGACAGCUCAUGGAUACCUACGGCCAAUCAUUCCACUAUGGCGUGCAGCAUGGAACUUCCCACGAUGUCAUCCGCAAAUGGGGAGGAAACCUUACGACCCGAGUGAAUCUUGAGCUUUGCUCUUGUUUUAUAAAUGUGGCAGGUAGUCCUGUAUUAAAGUUGGCAACGAGCCAACGUUAUGCACUGGCAGGGAGGGCCGAGUCACGGUAUAGUCUGACUUAGUGUAGUGGUAUUAGUAAGUUGUUUUUUGUAGUGUACCGUUGGCUAUUCGUAGCAUGCACUUUCUGUUCUAAUUAGCCCAGUUUUUCUCUCUUCGAAGCAGCAAAUAUGGUCCAGUAGAGCUUCAUUGGUGUGUUUCACACAGGCACGUUAAACUGAUGCUAACCAAGAUACUGUGUGACUUUUGUAUAGUAGCUGCCCAAGUUUUGUUUUUGUGCCAGUCCCUACCUAUAUGCAUGAAAGAUGCGAUUCAUUUGAACUUACACGUAACGAGUGUGAUCAUCACACCAAAAUGGCCUAUGUGGGCCUUAUUUUGAUUUUACCUGGCUUCAGGAGGUGGAUUUGACAGCCAGGCCAAAACUGACAAAAUUUCAUUUUGAAAUAGCAAAUCGGUAAUGCAGAAGCACACACAAAUUUGUGUGCGUGUGUGUGUGUGUGUGUGUGUGUGUGUGUGUGUGUGUGUGUGUGUGUGUGUGUGUGUGUGCGCGUGUGUGUGUGUCAAGCAAAAAGGCAUAUAGCGGUGGUGCUCUCAUUCACCAACACCUCCAGUUCUUUUUGCAGUUUACUGUGCAAGUCACAGACGAAACACAUCUUCGCUGAUGUCAUGCAUGUGAUAAGCAGACUGAAGAUAAUAGACAACCAAACACUUUAACACAAACAUCAACAAUAAGUUUGAAAAGGAUGGAAUUGAGCCGUUGGUGAAACGAUCAAGGAAGCUGGAAACUAGGCAAAACCUAAGUGUCUGUCCCAUUCUGCUUCUUAUCACUUUGAUAGCGAACCUCUGUAAAGAAAGUGUACCUUCACUUGCCAUGUGUAGCCUGUUCAUUGAUGUCAGAAUGAAAUCCAAGAGUAAUGAAGAGUGAAAUUGGGCGUGUAGUGUCCAGAGUGACUGUGACGCAUAAGUAGAAGGGGCUGGUGCAGUCAUUCUAAUCAAGUCAAUUUGCACAUGUUCAGUACAUCUGAGACACAAAGGUGCUUCCAGCAUGCAAAUUCUGACUGUCAGGCUGUCUUUAAUGCCAUAGCUUAGCAUCAAACAAGUGUUGCUGGGCUGUCUUUGUAAUAACCGAGCAUACACUAUAAGCCAAAUGGUUACGAAUGGAUUUGGCUGCAUUAGUAGGCUUAAAAGCAGAGUAUUAUAGCAAUAUGCCACAAAGUAUAGUACUUUAGUGUAUUGCUAGGCAGUGGCGUAGCUAGGUCGUCUGGCACCCGGGGCCCAUAGGUCUUCUGUCACACCCCCCCUCCGGGUGUAGCCCCCCCCCCCCCCCUUCUGGCCCCUUGCACCUGGGGCCCACGGCCCCACGGCCCCCCUCGUCGCUACGCCACUGGUGCUAGGUGCUAGUUUGAUAUGAGGCAUGUUACUGCAAUACUAUCCCAGCAAGGUAGGCCAUAUGUUUGGUUGUUAUUUUAAAGAUAGUGAAGUAUCUGAAAAUGUUACUUUGCUGGGAGGGACUCUACCGUGGCAUACCAUGGUUGACAUUUGACGAAUAAGAACAGAGGUUUCUUCUUUGUUCUUGCAUAUUAUGAGGUCGCGGCACGGCAUAUUGGUAGCAGUGAUGUUGAAGUGCUGCUGCUUCAGUGACCAUGGUCCAAUUUACAUUCCUACUUUCUAUUGCUGAACAAAAUCCUUUUACCUUUAUAUUAUGCCUGAUCAGAACAGAGCUCUGAAAUGACCUUAAUAGUGAUCAUACCUUUCUUCUAAACAUUAACUUUGAUGUAGGGGCCAUUGAUUUUUUAUGCUUGCAGACCGGUCUGCAGUUCUCUUGAAGGAGGUUGUUAUAUUGGCGAAACUGACUGAAACAUGGCAGAUUUUGUUUCCUAUGUAGACGUGCCACAACAGCAGGUUCAAAAGGGUGACCAUGUUCCUCUGUGUUUGCUUGUUAAGUAAACUCGCCACCACAGACUCAUCAUAGGGGAAAAUGUAUUUAUUGCCUUUUUUUUUCUGUAGUAGUAGUAGUAUCAAGCGUGUGAAUUUUCCAUAAAAAUAUAUAUGUGUGCGUGUGUAUGUGUAUAUACUUUUGGCAAACGUUAUUGUGUUAGCGAUCAACAUCACAUAAACAAUAAUGUGAAGAGUUAUUCCUAAGACAUUCCACUUUGCUGUCAGGUAGAUCUGCAAGCCCCCAUUUUGCCAGUGCAGUUGUCGGCGGCAACCAGUCCAGCGCGGUUGAAAUUGCAGCUGUUUUGCCAUAAUGUUCAGAAAGAGGAUCCUGUUUGGCAGACUUGAUGCAAGACCACAAUAUAAGGUUCUACAAACAUGUUCACUGAAAACUGCAUUUGAGAAAGUCUUAAAGCAAUAUUGGUGAUCAGUUGCUAUGCCUGCCAUUUAUUAAGCAUGCAAGGAAGUACACAUACGCCUAUCCACUGUGGGCAAGACACAAGGAAGCGGUCAGCGCAUCGGGCACUGUGGUCACUUUGCAGGCUGUGCACUCCAGGCCUGCUUGUGUACAGUUGACAUCAAAAGUUUACGAGGCACAGGAUCUCUUAAAAAUAUAUAUAUAUUUCCCGAGCUCAGCUAUGCAGUGUUUAUUUCAGAUCCGCUACCUGUUCUGGCAUACACGAAAAGCAGCGUUGUGCUGUUCUACAGGCUGUAAGCUAAAACUGGACUCGAAUUUGACUUUUUUGUGCAACUACGUUCAUUGUGUAAUCUUUCGACACCGACUGUGCCAUACAAUUCGCUUUAAGCAGCGCUUCAUUGUGGUAUACCAUAUACAGGUGUGUUUCUUGCGAUUGACAAGUUACUGGGCAGCCUGAGACAGCAAGGGAUCUAAAUUGGGCAGAUCAUCUUCAGCAGAUUCACUUGUCUAGAGGCUCUUGACAGUUUUGUAUUUUCUCUUUGUAACUAAACUUUGCGAGUACUAUGAAUUCACUAUUUGAUUGUGGGGAAACAAGAGCAAAGUUUCAGUAGCCCUCUCCCCCUCCCUUUUUUUUCUUUCUAUGGGAUGUGCCGCAAAGUAGGCAUGGGCAAGGUAUUUUAACAUGUUACCACUGUUUCACAUGCUCGCAGCUCCAGCAUGGGAGGAAUUAAAAUUCAGUCUCAUUCAGUGCCCAACAUCAUUGGAGCAAUGUUGCAAUAAGAUAAAAGCUAUGCUCUGCGGUUGAUACUUGGUGAAAACUGACUGGUGGUGAGGGCCAUGUUAUCUUCACUUAAUCGUUUUUGAAAGAACAAGAAGCACCCAAUGCACUUUAUCUAUAUUGAAUAUUCCAGACCUGCUCAAGGUUUUUGUGCUUUAUUGAACACAUCCAAUAUGACUUCCAACAGAAAUGUUUGCUCAAAAUAAGUCGGUGCCAUUCACACGUCAUAUUGGCCUCUGCAAUAUGCCGAGUAAGUGUCUGCAAUUGACUAGAGUGCAACUAAAACUGUUGCAAGCAUACAUUAAUCAAUGUUGCCAACUCUUCUUUUUUUUUUUAUCUGCAGGGUUCCACAUGCAGCUUGUGCUUGCAUUUGUGCCUACAUUUAAGGUGGCAAGUCUUUUGAGGACUGAGAACACACAAGAAAAAAAAAGUUUUUGUAGCUUUUUUACAGACUGGCACUUUACACCACAUAUUUUGUACAACAAGAAUCUUCGGAGUGAAUCGCACACAUGCAUCAACACGAGUGGCACUUCUUACAAACACAUACGUACCAAUUGCUAUGGACUGUUUCUCGGAUAACAUGACGUGAACGUGUCAUCACAUUUUUUAGCAGAUGCUGACAUUUAAGACUCGACUGUAAAUGUGCGUAACAUGAUGCAUAUUUUGAGUUUUUUUUUAUGGAAUGGUUCUUUACACCAAGUAUUUUGUAGAGCAGUGUUGCGUAGGAGGGCAUGUGCCUGUACAUCACUGACAGACUGCUGGAAUAGCAGUUUAUCAUCGCUCUUGAAUACGAGUGUUCAAUUUAAAAAGUGGAUCUCAAUCGUUUUUGCCGACGAUGGUGCGUAUUGUAAAGAAACACUUUAACCGUAGGAAUCCGUAACAGCAUGUUGUGCUGCAGCGAAAAUUGCAUUUGGCAAUUGUGUUGAAAUCAUAACUGCAUUUGUAGGUUUUUGUAUGUGUAUGUGUGUGUUCAUUACCUACUGAUGAGUGGACUAGUGCCAAGCUUUCGUGCAGUGGAAAGGCAGUUCACUAUAAACCUAUGGCUCGUGCUGUAUACAGUUCAAUACACAACUGUAUUAAAUGUCAUGUGUAGUAUUGUUUGUGACCAAUGAAUUGGUGAUCUGUAGAGAUAAAUUGCCUGAACCAUAUAGAUAUUUUGUUGUUGCUGCACCCCAUGGAGAAUAGUACGCUCAUUGCAGAGUCCUGUAUGUUUUGUAAAUAGUGCAUACUUGCCCAAAGAAUAAUAAAACUUGCUACAAAUUUUAGCUCUC